AUGGCAGAAAAGUGCAAAUUCCUAUUAGAGAAAAUUCAAGAUUAUUUCCAUCCUGAGCGUGGAUAUGAAAAGACCUUUUUGAAAGGGACUUUUGAGGGAGCUAACAACUUCCCUGUGGUUCCCUGUGACCUGUUUGGUACUGAAGAGGAUAAAAGUUUCCAGUUUAAAUCACUACUACACUAUGUUGAGCAGACCAUCCUGAAUCCUUGGAGUAAUAACCAGUUUGAGUUCCUAGUUCUGACUCAUCAUGAGGAUGACAGUUUAAACCAAGUGAACUGCCUGUCAGUCCUUAGUGCUUUGGCCUUUGCAAAAGGUGACAGAACAUGUUUAGAAGAAGUAAAAAGUUACUUUACAUCUCCUGAUCAGUACCAUCCCAAAGCUGGCCUCCUGAUGAAUACCCUUGGGAUAAUGUUUACUGAAGUUGCACUUUAUGAGGAGAGUGAAGACUGCUUCAGAAUUGCCAAAAUUUGCUUUCAGCAACAACAACACUGUCUGAAAAAUGCAGUAGUUACUCUGAACCAAGCUUUUCUGAAGAAGGUUGUGGGUGAAUAUGAAGAAGCAGCAGAUCUCACUGCCAUUGCAGCUUCCUUGUGCCAUGACAUCUCUAUGAGAAAAACAAAUGAUGUUCACCUACCGGUGAAGUUGCUGGGAAGAAUUGCUAAUAUGUUAAAGGAGUUUGGAAACUACCAGCUGCUAAAAAAGAUUCUGACAGUUGUUGUUCUCUUUGACAUCCCAGGUGCUGACAGAACUGCUACAACUGUUUUAUCCAGGCAGUUGAUGAAAAUCCAGCUUGAGGGAGUGGAUAAAAAAAUUAAAGCCAAAGAAGUGAAAGAUUUUAUCUUCCAUUUACUUGCUUUGCUGGCUAAACCAGAUGCUUCUAAGGUAUCAAUGAAUGCUGAGCUCUUAAGAAUUGUUGUCAUUGCAGCAAAGAUUUGUCGCAGCAUUGGUCUAUGCAAAGAAGCUUCUGAGUUAUUAAAGAAGUUACAAAGUAUUUUCCUUCUCGUCCAUGGUGAAAAUAGUUUUCUUUAUGGAUCAUUACUAUACCAAAUGGGCUGCUUCCUGCAUGGCUCUGGAAGGUUUAAUGAUGCUGAGACUGCACUGAAGCAGGCUGAAGGUAUCUUGAUUUGUUUUUGUGGAGAAAAUCAUCAUUCAGUUGCCUUGUGCAGGAGUGUCCUGGGUUCCUGUAUUCUGCUAAAGGGCAAUGCCAAAGAUGCCUCAGAAUACCUAAAUAAGGCCUUAACAAUUUUCAAGAAGCUAAGUCCCUUUCAUCCAGAAGUCGGAGAGAUUCUUUUGAAACUUGCCUUCUUGUAUUCUGAAGAAGGAUUAAGUUUUCAGCAAGCCCAAGAAACCUUGCAAGAAGCAGAAGCUAUUUUCAAAUUAUCCUGUGGUGAGGUAUCUUGCAAGACAGCUAGUAUGUACUUUCAGGUAGGAAUGAUCUUGCAGAGGUUUAAACAGUUCCGUUUGUCAGCUGUUGAGAAAACACAGAAAGGCAUAGAUGUAAUGUUAAAUCUUGGAAUGAGUUUAAAUCAUCCUGAUGUCAUGUUUUGGAGCAGUUUUCUGGGCAUCUUAAAGCAGUCCUUGGGCAUGGUAAAAGAGGCAGAAAAGUGCUUUAUUGAUGUCCAAAACUGUGUUCCCUUUUGUGAUGAAGUAGGCAGCAAGGAAACAGAAAUCAUUACCCCCAAAGUCUUCCUACACUCCCAAGACAGAGCUGAUUUUAGCGGAGGCAAAUCUUCAUUUGCAAAAGCUCAGGUUAUUUCUCUUGUCAAUUUGGUACACAUGGAAAGAGGCAACAAGAGAAUCCAGUAUCUUGAUAAACUUGUGUGCUGUUUGAAAAAAGAACAAAUGGAAGAAAUCCAAAUAAGGAAUUUUGCUGGCCAAGAUUUGUAUCUAUUUACUCACAGGAUUCCUUUAUUUAACAGACCUGCAGUCUUAGUUAUACACACAUUUGAUUCAUUGGGUGAUAUAUCUGGAGCAGACUCUGACAACGGCACUGAUUCAAAAAUGUUCUUGUCAUCCUCUGCAGAAAAAUCACCCUUUAGUUUGUUUUUGAGGAUUCAAGGUAGAGGUCUGGACAUGAAAGAAAUCAACUGCCUGACUUCUUCCUUCCGCGAGAGUGUAAAAAUCUUAUUUUUGCAACCAAAGUUUAGAAAAGGUUUUGUAGAGGGAAAGGAUGUGUAUGUGGAACUCCCAGCUCAAACAGACAUCUUUUCCCUUUCAAGUUACCUUGACUGUCUCCCUUUAGUUGUGAAACUGGAGUUGACGAAGGCACAAGAACUGUACAAUGAUUUUGAUUACUUGACGUCUUGGCAAUCUUCUGUGGACUCUGCUAUGCAUUCUGCACCACAUGUCUCUUAUUUUUCCUAUGGUUGUGUCAACCAGCGUGAGACAGAGUUUGUCUGGGACCAUUUGAUCCAAAAUUUUGGUCAACAAUUGGCACUAAAUGGUUUCCAAGAAAGUAUCAUUUCUGAUGUUUCAUUAGAAGAGAAUGUUGCUAGAUUCAUUGUUCAAGAGUCAAAUUUGUUUUUAACUAUUGAUGUCAGGAAUCUUUCUGUCAUUGUGAAAUGUUGCACUAUUAAGGAAUCAUGUUCUAACUGUCAUUGUUCCUCAAUAAGAAAUAUGCUGACUGUUACCAUUGAGUCAUUAUUUGAAAUUUUGAAUGUUGACAUUGAGUCCUCUGUGCAGCUGGGUUGUGAAGGUGUUCAUGGCAUUGUUCUUGGCAAUGAUGAUCAUGAUGGUAACUGUAGCCAAAGUGUCGACAAAGACUUAGUUGGUUCUGGUUCAACAUUUGAAACUUGGAAUUCAACGAUGACAUGUCAGUGUAGUAUUUCUGGGGGUGCAGAAGCAGAUUCGAAAAAAUGGACAGUUGGCAAAUUACACAAUAAGGUAAAACCUAUCUUAAACAAUAAGGAUUAAUGAAAAAAUAGAAAUGAAAUUUUAAUCUCAGUUAGUGAAUAAGAAAAAUGGGUUACAGCUGGUCAAGGCAGGACAAGACAUAGUGUACCCCCCCAAGAUCCUAUUAAUGAAUUUGAAAAAUGAAUCUGUUAGUUGUUCCCAUAACUAGUGUUUAUUUUAAAUCAGCAUUCCUAUAUGUGUAAUGAGCGCAGUGAAUUUUUUAUAGCAACUUCGCUGUAUUUGUUCAGAUUGAAAAUCUUGGAAUGGAUAAAAUUGCUUUGAAGAUAUCUACAUCAAUUUAUUCUGAGAAACUGAUCUGGCAUGCAAGAAUGCAGAGAUGAAUCUGAAAUCUGUAAUGGAAUUUUGGGGUCCAUUAUAAAUCAGUAUAUUUCAAAGAGCUACACAACAACCAAGAAUACUAUUGACCCAAUUGGUGAUAUAUUGAUACAUCAGAUGAAGCAAACGGUAAAUCUAAUUGGCCACUUUGAGGUUGUGUGGGAGACUGGGUUGAGAUGGAUGUCAAGUGCAUUGUGGGACUGUUUUGGGGUGAUCUCUAACAAGUCUCCCAUGCAACCUCAAAGUGGCCAAUACAUUUCAGUGCUCGACCUUAACUUUUUAAAUUGCUGGUCCUUGGACUAGUUGAACUGAAAAUUUACUAGUCCUGAGUAAAUCUGUGGUAGUCCCUCCUGAUUGCAGCAUGACAAUAUUAUUUGCAAUAUCUUUUUACGAUUAAAUUUCUGAAAUUACUGCUGCCGCUUAUAAAACUGGAUGCAUCACUUGAUUUCUCUGGAAAAUCAAGGCAGGUUGAACAAAACAUUUUCACAACAUUGUAAAUAACCCAAGGAAAAGUGUUUUUCCAUUCAGGGUGGAAAUGCCUGACUUUAAUGGUUCGAUCCUCUUGAUCAUAUGAAGAUUUCUUGGUCAUUUUAUUGCUGUUGCUCUCUUUUGUCUCCAAUGUCUUUUCUGUGUCACCACUACCUUCUUUCUGGCGUUUGUUUGGAAAAUCGCUGCUGUUAGAACUAGAAAAAUACGUCUCUAAUCUCUUCAUGAUAAUAACAUGGGCAGUCGAACAAAGAUGGUGGGCUGGGAGUUCCUUAGUGCCCAGUCCCAACCUCAGCCUUGUUUAGUCUUCUCACCUCAGUCCUCGCAUUGGACUAUCAUUUUUCGCAAUCGGAACAUUGCGAGGAACGCAUCGAAACAGCGUUUAGAAGACAUAUAUUUUGUUUUCACCUUGUAUUAUUUUUUAAACAUUACAAACUACAAAGUAGUUACUGGUCCUGUGACUAGUGGUUCUAAGUUUCUACUAGUCCGAAGCAUUUUGCACUAGUCCAGGAUUAGUGGACUACCGCUAAGGUCGAGCACUGCAUUUACUAAUAAAAUAAGGGUUAUACACAAGCAGAUUGUGUGGGCACCCUGUGGUGAAACAAAAACAGUUAAUGACUGUGUGAAAUUUAACCUAAUGUACAGCUGUUUCGAGAAAAGUUGUCUGAAAAAGUGCACGGGACAAUCCCGAAAGGUGUUGUGGGUGGUUUUGUCUGCCCUGAUCUCCAAAGAAAUUUGAAAGAAUGGCACGAGAGGCCACGGACAUAUGUUCGCGAAUGCUAACGGAAAGCAACAAAAGUAGGUUUGACAGCUACAAUCGUUAGGAAUAGUGUAUUGAUCAUAUCCCAUAUUACCUUUCGGGAUUGUCGCGUGAACAUUUUUCCGACAAUUAACCUUUCUCGAAAUAGCUGUAUAAAGAUGAGUAAAGCUUUGCUCCAGAUUUACAGUGGGCUUAAUUUACAGGAGCUGUGUUAAAAAAAUAGUCUUUCUGCAGGUAACCAUUAUCGCAAAAGAAAAAGAGGAACCAAACAAUGGCUCUUGUUUGGUUGUAUUGAACGCUUUCUUUUGCUGUACAUAAUCUGUGCCUCGGUACCUACAAAAGGAACCUGUCUAAAAAAUGCUGGAUGCUUAGCCAAGGCUAGAAAAAUUAGUACAAUCCUUUAUUGAAACACAUUCAGUGUUUAUAUUAAGCAGAUAGCAUCAAUUUUGUUGAUCAUUUGUUUGUAUUCUUUUUGGUAACAGAAUGCAGACAUCAUCCAUCCUUUAUGCCAUCCCUGUGACAAUUGUCAACAUGUAGAUGUUGGCCUAUGCCUUCUAGAGUGCCUUCUGAAUCAGUCAAGACCUGUAUUGUAUACUAGAGAGAAAGAAUUGAACAAUGGUGAACCCACUUCAAAUGAUGUUAAUGGGUGUGUCAGCCACAUUACACAUAAUUCCAGUCUGUCCUCAAGUAUCUUUUCAAGUGCUACUUCAUCUUCAUUGAACUCAGUGCCUGCAAGCCCGUCUACUUUCUCUUUAGCUGGUGAUAGCCUAUUCACAUCAACAACAUCCCCAAGUGAGAGCUUAUCAUCUGUUGACAAACUGAAGGAAUGCAAGGCAGAUUCCUCUUAUGAUGAUAAUUCAUCAAGAAUUACAAAGUGCAGUGGACUGUCUGUUAGUUUACCAAAGGAGCCUUCAGUGCCUGUCGAUACAUGUGCAUUUUCACAAUCAAGUUACAAGGAAUGCUUAAAUGCAGAACAAAGUUGUUCUUUUUCUGAAACACAGAAUACUAAACAGUCAAAACCUUUCACCAUUGAAAACAUCAAUGGACCUGAGGAACUGAAGAUAAGUUCUUCUGAUCAGAAAGCUGCAGUACAGAAUAUUUCUUCAAAGGACAAGAACUCAAGUAUUAGUAAUGACAGCAAGCUCUCAGCAACUCAGUGUGUUGAAGAUUUAUGUGCAAAUCAAAGUUCAAAGCUUGAAGAACCUCUUCAGAGUAUUCAAGGACCAUUCUCUGGGGCAAGUUCAGACAAAGUUGACACAGGAACUGCAACUGUGGAUUUUUUUAGAACUUUGCUGGCCAAUUUGGAGGAUGAGUUGGCAGCUUCUCAGAGGGAUCAUCAUGAAUUAGAACAACAGUUUAGAAAACUUGAAGAAAAAUUGAAGGAGAGCGAGGAGGAGAAACGUGAGCUUCAAGCUGAUCUAGGGAGAUUUCUGUUCCUGGAAGAAAAGGCAAGACGCCGUGGAAGGCUCCUUGGUGGGGCAACUGCAGUACAAGAGCCUGGUAAGCCAGAGAUGUACAGCUGAGCUUUCAAUGUACUGAUUAAACUAUUUAUCAUAACAAAAACGAAAUUCUCAAAUCUCAUUGGCUAUCAACUGGCCUCAUUUCAGCGCUAAUUAAGUAACUGGACAGUAUGCGCCAUCGCACUUGUGCACUUACAUGUAAAUGGCUUUUUUUUCACUGCUAGCAGCCUAAAAUAUCACAAAUUUUGUUAUAGUCAUGAUUAAUAUUGGUAUCAGAACUUCGUAUCGUCCAAUUCAGUCUGUAACCACAUUCUCAUGAUUUAACAAAUUUCAUUUGUCCGUUGUAUGAUUAGAGACCGAAUUGGACUCCACUCAGUCCUUUUGCCAUUAUUAACUUGCGUUUGCUGCUGAGAAUAUUAAAUAACUGCUUACCUUAGUGGAGAAGGCAAAGCCAGUACCUAGAUAGUCACAUCCUGACUGCUGGUUAAUUAUAACCUGUGCCUUUCAGCCAUGAGCCCCCAUGCCAAUGGAACCAGGUACCUAUCACUCUUUUCAUCAGUGGAAAAAUAAAAGGGAGCGGGGAUGGGGGUAAAUGCUCAAUACAAUGGCUAAGUAAAACAAUUGGCCACCAGGAAAUGCUGUGCUAAACACAUGGAGCUCAUGCAAUACUGACCACAUUUGAGCCACCAAACUGACUGCAGACAGACAACAAGAGAUGGUGCUCCUUGUUAACUGCCAUGAAUUUCAUAUGACUUCAUGAAAAAGAGAAAAAUUGUCUUUUCUAAAACCCUCUUUGGGGGGGGGGUGGUGGGGAGGCAUUUAGAAAAGGUCAUGAAAGGGGUAAUGGACAAUGAGUACAGGUAACAAGUAACAGGUUUGCCAGCAAUGAUCUUUUUUAAGGGUGUCCAGUGUAUGCCUCACUUGCAGGUCACUGUGUUAAAGGGACAAACUAAAGAAAGUUGGAAGGCUACAUUGUACAGAUGUAUGCAUCGCAUGUAUGCAAAAUCAUCAUGUUGACCACAAAUAACGUUAUUAAUGUCAUAUGCAGUAAUUUUUCACAGUCGAACAUUGUCCAGUAACCGAAUGUCGUAAUAUCUGUAUACAAUUUUUGUGCUUAUAUUCAGGCAAAUACCAGAUCUUGCCUAGGUGUUAUUCUUAGUGGACAAUAAUUAUUUUGCAGUUACCUAAAAGUUCUUAAUUAUUUUUGUUCCACUAGGUCUCCUCCUGCAUUCAAGGCUCCUAGAGAUCUCUAACUCAUUGUCAUCUACAGAAAUGGAAAAGAUCAAGUUUUUGCUCAAAAGCAAAGUCAAUGAUUUCAGACUUGCACGUAUAACAGAGGCGUUUGAACUGUUUGAAGAACUGGUAACAAAUGGAUUGUUUUCCUUAAACUAUAUUGGGCAACUGCUUGGUGGAAUUCAGCGAUAUGAUCUUGUGGAAAAACUUGGAAUUCAUGCACCCCUAUCAAGGAGUAGAAAAGGUCAGAGAAAGUUCAUCAAAUUUAAAACAAUGAUUAUAUGAAAAAGUUUAUUUUGAAGUCAGGGUACAAUCACACUAAUAUCCAACAAUGGUUAAUUGUGCAGGAAAAACACCUUCUUGGUAGUGACUGUGGGUUGACUGUGGAUUGUUUCUUGGCUGACUGCCCAUCAACCGUCUGGCCUGUUCUUCACAAUAUUAUUAUCCACCUACCUCUAAACUUGCCCUCACUGUAGAAAACUAUGGAGAUGAGGGUAGAAAAUUAUGUUGCUUGAUUCCCAAAGAAAAAGAAGUCUGUAAGAGGUUUAAAGUAGAACUGGCAAUAAAUUACAUGCGAGAUGUUGCUUGAUAUAGCCAACAGUUAUAUCAGCCUCUUUCAUCUCUGUGUUCUCCAGCGAUUAGCCUAAGUGUUUUCAGGCUGUUUCUCAACCCCAUUUCUGGGUACUACUGGAUUUUAAGAAAACCAUGAAAAAAAGUGUCUAAGGGCCCUGCCCCUGUUUUUGUACUAAUUUAAUUACUGCAAACUUACAACUUGCACCAAGAAUGCUAGCAAGUCAUCAACUGAAAAUAAAAUUGUACGUAUAGAUAUAUUUGACUAAGUAUAGCAACUCAAUAAAUCAGAAUGGGACAUUUUACGUAUGUGUGUUAAGUGCACUGGCCUUUGCAAAGAAGCAAGGCUGGAGGUGAGUUUGGUUUUUUUUGCAAGCCUUCUUGCUUUUCUGUGGCAAAUUGUAUUAUUCUCCUGCUUACAAGUCUGUUUACAAGAUUAUUUAGAUGUGAAAACUGGAAGGUUUGUAACAGUAGAGGGUUGCUUCAUUCUAUUUGUUCAAAGGCCAAGGCAUCAAACACAACUGUCAAUAGUCUACUGACCAAAUGCUAGACAUUCUUACAAUUCUGUAAAGAAAAAUGUUGUUUAUGAUGAGCUAAAAAAGUUGCAAUCACCAUUUUUUCCUGAUUCUGAUUGUUCAUGCUAUGCACACUAAAUCACAAUGGAAAUGGGAAUAAUCCAAAAUUAUCACAACUGUCAAGGGAGUACAAAACAAAGGCAUGUCCUUUAAUUUGAGGUUUAAGUAUUUUUGCACCUUUAACAUUGAGCUAAUCAUGUGAUGUACAUGUAUGCAGUGCUGGACUUUCAGAAAAAAACUUGGGGCCAGCUGGCCCCUAAGUUUUCAUUUUUGGUCACCAAAGCGUUUCGACAAAUGGUUAGAGGUUUAGACGAACGGUUAGAGCGUUUGGGCAAAACGUUAGAGCAUUAGAAAAACUGUUAGCUAUCUGUGAGUUUUGUGAAGGAUAGCAGAUUAUCAUUAGUGUACGUUUUCCCGAAGAAGAAAGUCACCUAUCUUGGGGGCCAGGUUGGCGACCAAGCAUGAAAAUUUGUCACCACUGAGUAAAAGCUGGUCGCAUAUUAAAGCAACCCCACAGGUCGCAACGUCGAGCCCUGAGUAUGCAGGCUCUUAUUUGUCGAUACUGCAAGUCAGUACAAAGAAUCCCCUCACAUUGCAUAAUUCCUUUUGUUGUUGUUUUUAUAGGAUCAAACAGUUCGGUUGAGUCAGACCAUGCUUCAGAUUCAGCCAAAUCUGCCCCUGCGCAAGACAACAUUUUGGAUGAACAGACAGAUGGACCUGAAAUGAAGAUACAGAUGGAUUAUGCACUUUCCUCAAAAAGUCACUUUGAGCUCACAGGCAGGGAUGAAAAUGGCACAUCACUAAGAGCAGAUGAAAUAGAUCAUGGUGAAAGCCAAUGCUCAUCAAUUUUAUCCAGUGGAAGCUCAGUUGAGGAAGACAGUGACAUAUGUUUGUCAAGUAAGAGUGUAGAAAAUGUUGUGCUGGUUGAAGACAGUCCUCAGUCACCCAUCCAUUCAGAUGUUAUGUUCGUGUCAAAUUCCAGUCGCAGCUCAUCUGAUUUGUUGGCAAAUUCUGACAAGACUGCACCAGCAACUUCUAACAGCACCUUACAAGCUUCUUGUGAAGUUGAUGGCUUUCAAGUGAUGUCAGAUGGUUCCCAGUCAGCCUCUGGUUACAGCAACUCCAGUCCUACAAGAUGGGAUACCCAAGGGAUCUCUCAUGUGAUGGCCAGACCAGACAACCAGCUAGCAGAUGAAGAUGGCCAGCUAAAAGGAGCAUGUGCCGGCAAUGGCAAAGAAAGAGUGGUUAAGUCACAUGAUUUCUGUGAUGGAGCAGUAAUGGCAGUUCCAUAUUGCACAAAGACAAUCCCCGAGUGUACAAAAAGAGAUUCUUUAAUUAGUUCAGAUUCAUUCCUUGCCAGAACUCAUAAUAUUCCAAAUGGAGGAAGUGUUUUUUCAACACAGCAGCAUGUAUUUUCAGAAGACGAAAGAGAAAUUACUCCACCAUCAUCAGAUGCAACAGACUGGAAACGUCUAGGUGCUAGACCAAAGGAACCUCAACGUACAGUUGAUGGACUAGUACCAAAAGAGCCUGUUGUAUAUAUAACUGAUGGCUUAGCCGGUGAUUUCUUAGCGAGACACACCCAAGACAAGGCCCUUCAUGACAGUAUCUACCAAACUGAUGUUGGUUCUCUCUUCAAUGACAUUCCAUCUCAGGGGACUUCCUUUAUUGACGGUGACAUAUCUCAAUUUAGCAGAGCCCAGCCUUACUUUGGGGAUUGCCAGGCUGCAUCCAGGACAGAGCCACAUGGUAGAACUGGACAUUCACUUGUAAGUGGAUCUAGUAGACAUCUGGGUGGCUCUUCUUAUGUGGAACCUUUCAGUGACAACUCAGGACUUUGGCCUAGCCAUUUGGGAAAUGAUUCUUCCUCAUUGUAUAGUAACUAUUUAUCAAGAAAUACUUCAACUGCUGCAAACAACUAUUCUCUUCAAAGUGAUUUUGUACAUAAUAGCGGUAGAUUUGCAGGAGUUGACCAUUUUGACAGACAGACUUAUUUGCCAUCAGCAAAGCAAACACCAUUUCCUCCUAUAGCAAGUGAUCCUGUUCUAAAUAGUUAUCCAGGAAUGGCUGGUUCAAGUUUUGCUGACCCUUCAUGGACAGGUGCUGUGCUAACUCUACCUGGGGAUCCUGUACAUAAUGCACCAAGAUUUAGUAGCUUUUUAAGUGAGCAGCUUACAGACCCUGCUCAUGAUGCAAAUAGGUUUGCUGGGAAUGAUGCCGCUUCAGCUUUUACCUCUAAUCAGGGCACAGAUGAGCCAGCUCAGAAACCAAAUUUUGCACUUGGAAAUUCAAGGACAACAACCGGAAACAUUGAUGAUGAUGGAAAUUCCUCUGCACGGUAUCAGCUUGGAAAUUCCACAAUGUUUGAUGGUGUUUUGGCAGCGAGAUCUACACAUGAUACACCUGUUCUAGAACCUCAUCUUGGUGACGCUGACAAUAAUUCUGCGUUAAACAAUACAGACUUUGGUACUGAUUCUAUAGAAGCCUCAGACAACUCAUUGCUUGCUCUUGAACGGCGUGUUGCAGAAGCUUGUGCCCUUGUUGAACGCGUUCUUCGGGAGAGAGAGGAGCGAGAACAGUUUGGAAGGGAGAUAGAAAGGAAAGAACAGUUAAUAAGAGAACAAAGAGCUCGAGAAAGGCGGGAGAGAGAAGAAAGAGAGUUGCGGGAAGCUGAAAACUGGCCACAAGAACAAGAAGCAAUCAAUGCACGUUCACAGUGGUUAUGUGAACAUUAUCAGCGGCACUGCAGAGUGCGAUUCCCUUGUUGCACACAAUUCUAUCCAUGCCAUCGUUGUCACAACAUCUCAAAAGCUUGUGACAAUGAAGAGGCUAAAGCUUGUCAUGCCACUCAUCUGAAAUGCUCUCACUGUCAGCAUGAACAGGAGGUAAGCUUUGUUUUCAUGUUUCCUGAAACUUAAAUUUAAAAAUAUUAAUUUAUUCUACAUUAUACAUGUACCCAGUACACACUUUUUCAAAAUGUACCUUUCAAUGAGAUUUUGGGUUUUGCUGUGGAAGUGUUAUUUUCCUUCAUCUUAAAGUAUAAUGGGGUUUUAUGAUUACUACACUGUAUCUUAGCUAAAAACAAAGUAUGAUAAAUGUUUUUAAUAGCUUAAAAAUAGAAUAAUAUAUUGAAUCUCAACAUGAUUAUAAAAUCAUUUCAAGUGUCUUGAUUACUGCUAAACUCACAAACCUGUGAACACUAGAUUGGUUAAUUUUUUAUUUUGUGUUUUUAAAUCCUGAUGUUUUAUGAAGUGCUGUCCUCUUGAUACAUUGUAUCUUCAGUUUCAUCAACACCAUAUUUUGUCUGUGUCAUUUUUACAGAUUGGUGAAGACAGUGCAAAGUGUCGUAAGUGUGGGGGCAAAAUGUCGGCAUAUUUCUGUCCCAUCUGCAAGCAUUUCACCAGCGUCGAUAAAAAUCCAUAUCAUUGUGAAAAAUGUGGGAUUUGUAGGUAGGUGACUUGGGAUUAUCUAUUGUUAUUCUGGCAAAAUUGUGACUGUAAUAAUAAACAUUGUUCCUGUGAAACACACAGACACUUCAUGUAAGAAAAGGGCAUAAUAUUGGUCUUGAACAUUGCGAAACUGUUUAGCCUAGUGUUUGUUGUGUUUAGAUAGUGGACAGGCUGCAAAGGAGAGAUCAGAGUAGCAGAAAACUGCUUUUUUUGUUCUGAUGUCCAUCAGGCACAAACACAAACAGACAGGACUAACAAGUCUAUUUUGCACCAUUCCCUACUGUCUGAUUGCAUGGAAGCGGCUAGCCAGGAAUAAUUUUAUCAGCAAAGUUCUUCCUUCUUGAAGUGGCUCUCUUUGGGCCUGUUUACAUGGAGGUGGGGGACUCCAGGUAGCUGAGGUAACCCGCCUGUCCAUAUAGACUUUCUUUUCAAUUUGACCACACGUUUAUGUGAUAGGUGGGGUGACCCACUCCCUGUUACCUCACCUAUCUGGGGUCCCCCACCUCCAUGUAAACAGGCCUUUAUUUGAUCCAUUUUCAGUUUUCCAUGGCUAGUAGAAAUGAAAUGACUUGACUUGUUUGGAUGGGUUAUGUAAUAAAUGAAGCAAAAGCUGUGUGAUGGGUAAUUAUUGUUUUUUUAUCAUUAUUUUAGGAUUCAUCAGGACAAAUCGUUCCAUUGUGAAGUGUGUAACGUUUGUUUAGACAAACGGCUUGAGGGUAAUCACAAAUGUCGACCAGAUUCAGGUCAUGACGAAUGCUGUAUUUGCCUGGAGGUGAGGUUUAAUUUCUUGAGGAAAAGGGUACUGAAUCGUUGAUGAAAAUGAGGUCGCCUUUUUUGAGAGUGAAUAGAAAGAGGUCUUUGAAUAAGGGCCUUAGUUGUUGACAAACAUAUUGCCAUAUCUAUUAUCAUAUUAUAAUAAAUAAUAUUUCAAGAAGUUUGCCAUGCUAAUCGUCUUUUCCAUUAAUUGCAGGAUGCAUUCAGUGGUUGCCAGAUAUUGCCAUGUUCACACAAAGUACACAGAGAAUGUGCUAUUGCCAUGAUACAAAAUGGCAUGUAAGUCAAUAUCAGGUCAUUCAUUCAUGACAUAAUAAAUGUACCAUAUCUUAAGAAGUGAGGGCUAAGUAUCAAGUAGUACACCUGCAAAGGAAAUUGAGAAGAAAAUGAAAACAAGACAAAUAGCUCUCAUGAAUGUUUAUGGCACACCCACAAAUUUCAAAACAGAGGGAAUGUUAACUUAUGAAGUAUCUCAGCAAUAAAUUCCCCAGAAAGUUAGUUGGAAAAGAAUACUUUCUGCUACAAAAACAGCGAAAAAGUUGAAUACAAACGAAUUGUUGUCUUGAAGGAAAUUGCCCUUAUCAUUAUGCCUUUUCACAGGUACUAUAUGCAUGUGAAUAAGACAAAAUUUGAAAGGAACAGUUCAGAGGAGUGACCUUCAUUGGAAAAACAAAACAUACCAGCUAAAGAGGCCUGUUAAGAGCAUCCCAGGCCUAGUUGGAGCACAGCCCUCUUGUGCUUUAGUCCUGUAUUAUUGCGAAGUGAUCACUAUUGGUGAAAUGUGGUGAUUUACAUACCUCACAAUUACGUACAGAAAAUGUUUAGAGAAAUGUGUGAAUUUCAGUGCAGGAUCCAGACCUUGAGAUAAGGGGCGGGGGGGUCUCCAAAAAAAGUUUUUUCGGCCCUUAGGGCCGGCGGCCUCCGUUUGGUCUAAAAAUAAGGUGGGGCCCAGACCCCUCGCACCCCUCCCCUGAAUCCGCCACUGGAUUUGCUGCCAGACAUUAAGGCAGUUUAGGUUCAAUGGUUGUCCGUGUUUCCGGCUUUUAGAUGUCUGUUUCCCCCUUGACCUUUGCAUUUUUUCAUUGGUGGUAAUAGUUCAGAGAAUUGUCUUGGCUAAUUGGUAAUGAUAUUAUUUUUGUCUUUUUCAGUCGCACCUGCCCAAUUUGUCGACAUCCAUUGUACAGCCAGUCCAGGGAGUAAGUCUUCUGUUGUUAGCCUGUAGAAGAGUCAUUAUUUUUUUAUUUUAUUUUCUGGUGAGCGAGGACAAAAACAAAGCCGGCAUGGAGUGUGCGCCGAGCAGCAGACAUGCAAGAUGAAAGGGAGGUGAAAAAAACCCGCCUAACUCUUGCCCUCACUUGCCUGAAAAAAUCAAAAAUAUAAUGCCUGUUCUGCAGACUAUCUUAUGCAGGAGUUGACACAGUUAACUUAACAGCGAGAUGAGGUUUUGUAUUUGAAUUUCCAUUAAAAGAAUGUGGUGUCACUUAAGGUUAUUAUAUUGUUUAUGCUCGUGGAUGAUGCCUUACAUGUAGCAAGGUGCUACAACUCAACUUAGUUCACAAUCACAUUGGAACUUACAUUUGUGAUUGUUGAGACUAAAGGCUGGCAGUUGUGAUCUUCCAGUUGAUUUUUAGGUUAAAUUUUUGAUGAAUGGGAUAUUGAAAUAAUCAAGUUGAAAUUGAUAAUGUUGUAUCGGCAUAGAUUCUGCUUUUGUUGCUUUGUUUGAAAGAAUUCUAGUCUGUUAAAGUGCUACUACGAUCAAAAUUUAAUGUCAAGUUUGUUACAAAAACGCUUUCUUUUCAGCUUAUCAGAAGUGGCUGUACCUGUUUCGGUCAUUGAAGUGAACUUUGGCGCCCUGUUAGUGAAAAUAUUGAGCUUGAAAAUGUAGGUUUUUUGCGUCCGCCAUUACAAAUUUAUGUUCCAGUGACAAAGCUAUUGUUCUCUGAUUGUGACGUCAUUUUCUGAACACGCCAAGAAAACAAACCUGAACCGUGAGAAAACAGCGAGCGAUUCUCAAAGCUUCGCUCGUCUUCGCCCGAUUCUGGAAUUGUGAAGGAGGAAAUCAUAGAUUACGAUGACUCUGUAGAACCAGCACCGACUGAAUAUGAGAAAGUCAAAUACUAAGGGCAGCUAGCCUCAGAGAAGGAAAAAAACACUCUUCACCAAGUCGUAUUUUAUGCAGUUUGUGCCGACGGAGAGUCGGACUACUACUGGUAGGUGUAUUUGUAUACGUACUGGCUAUAAUAAUAAUAAUACACAGGCAAGACAAUCGAGAGUCAGCACCAAUUUCACCUGCCUUCUAGCCACUCUCGAGUGCUCAUUUAUCCAAGUGAAGAUAAAGUUUUGCUUUAUAGCUGUUCAGGCACAGCGAGUCAGAGUGGGUACAGUUUUCAGUUCAGCUAAGUUUAAGUUCUAAAGCAGCCAGCUCGUUGUCAUAUGCAUGUGGUUUUUUUUUACCAUCUUUAACGGACUGCUGUCCUUUGUUAUUGAAAAUUUAAUUGUUACUUUAGUGUUGCGUAUCUGAGCUGAGGAUUUUAAAAUUAGAUCUAAUGUUAAGUUCUCUUUGUCAGAAAAGUUAAUUUACUCAUUUUCAAUAAAAUAAGGGGAUCACUCGCUCUUGAUUUGGUAUAUCAAUUUAAUAAUUUUCAGUGCUGACAUUUAAGACUGUCACAUUCUUUGUAGCUCAUGUUUUUUUGAAAAUGCUGUGUCUGCCUAUGCCUUCCCUAUCAAUUGACUGCAGAUCAUUAUGCAACUUAUAAAUUGCAACACUAAUAAAAAUUCAGAGAUUUCACCUCAUCCAACUAUUGUCAAUGAUAUCCCCUUGUAUUCCCAUAACUUUAUAGAUUACUUUAUGAAAUUGUUGUAUGUGACUUUUUUUUUUUUAAUUUAUUUAUUAUUCAAACCCAGGUGUGCAUAUUUUUGGAUGCUCUCUUUACUGGGACCAGCUUUGAAGCUUUGGCUAGACAAGAAAAUUAAUAUACAGUGGAACGGUUAACACAGACAUGUUAUGAUGUCUAUAUUAGCUGGGUGUCCAUAUUAAGUUAGCUCUCUGGAAAAAAGUCACAGACGUGUGAUUUAUUUGAUAUAUAGCAUAAAGGAACAAGGAGGAAGAAGGGUAGGAACAAUGACUGUAGCAAAAAGCCAAGGACAUGAAACUUAUUGAGUAGGAGGCAGAAAAUUUAUCAAAGGACUACAAACAGGGGAAGAAAGAAAGACGUAUCAAAAUCAAAUGUGUCAUGCUAUUUGGCUACCGUGAACUUAAUACAAUGUCUACAAUUGGCACAUCAUUGUGACAAGAAAAAUAGAAAGUGCCUGGGUAACCAGUGUCUGUAAAGCUGGAUUAAGAAUAUAAUGGAAUUUCUGACUUGAAACACAGAAAAGUGGUUGUUGUCCACAUUAACUACUGUACUUAAUUUUAUUUAUUUAUUUUUCAAAAAGUGGGGAAGCCCCUUUGCCCUGUGUGGGUCCUGCCCUAGCUUGGUUCAGGCUAUAUAAUACCCCCAAAAUAGACUAUGCUUAAUCAGGCAAUAAAGAGCAAUAAAAUUGCAGCCUUUAAACAGUAUUACAGCCUUUGGCUUGUUUAUUGUAAUCACUGGUAUGACUAAAAAAUAAUGGAAUUGUAUAUUGCACACGGUACGUAAGACCAAAACUUGUCCUCCAGGUUCUUAGCUGGGGCCUCACAUUUAUCUUGUGAUCAACAAGUGUGCAGAUCAAUUGUUACAGUAGGGUGGACAUUGCCUUUGUAUUUGGUAAGGGGCGACGAAGCUUCCUCAUUUAUAGGAAUAACAUUAGUCUAUCCCAUAUUAAAAGAUAAUCAAUGUUUUUUGAAGUAGCAAGGCUGUGCUCUAAGAAAAAUUGAAAGGAGCCCAGUGCUCUGGACCCAUGAAAUCCUGGGUGCCCUGCACAUGAUUUCUAUGUAAAAAUUUCCUAGUUCCCCCGGAACAAUAGUAACUAUUGUUAACUGUUAAGCACCACCGGCCAACUGGGUGCUGGUAGAGCACAACCUUGAGUAGUGAAACAUAAAGCAGCAGUGAUGAGCGGGGCCAUGAAACUAUCUCAUACAUGUAGUACAUAACCCUCAGUUGCAGUAAAUAUUUCAGUGACCAAGCCUUCGUGAUUAUUCAUUUUUAACUUGCAAUCUGUCAGUCACAUCACUUCAGUGAUUCAGUGCAUGAGUGCCCCUGUGUUGGAGUUUACAUCUCAAAUUAUGAUAUACUAUAAUUAUAAUUAUUAUAAGUAUUCAAUGCAAGAUUGCAAAACUUUUCGUUAUUCACUCAAAAGAAUAACAAUACACAACAUUCAAGAUAGGAUCACAAUUUUAUUUUAAAGACCACAUCAGUAAAUGGUAAUAAUUCUUGCUGUAUUUUACAAAAUUGCAAAAACAGUUUUUGCAAUAAACUUGUGUGGGCUCUCUUGCUUUAGCUUGUGGUUUGAACUGACAAUGUGUCUGUGCAGUUUAAAUCAGGCUCUGAGUUUUGGGAAGACUAAAAUUGAAAAAAGCAUACCUUUUGUUUAGUGAGGGUUAUGGCGACAAGAAUGUUGGAAAUACUAAGGAAUUUACUGUACAUUAAAAUAUCAUACCAUUCAGAUUGCACCAUGAUCCUGAUAGAUUUUAAUAUUUUAUAAUAAAAAUUUACAAAUAGAGCUUUAAACCUUUUUAUAAAAGCUCAGAGGAAUGUUAAUAGUGGUAACAGAAAAAAUAGUACACUUCAAGAGCAAGGUGUGAGCAAUAAUAGUGUUUACAAAACUAGAGGGCUCUCUGUGAUCUGUUGCCUUAGGGCAAAUCUUUUUGAAAGUUUCCUAAAAGUUUCGUAGUCGUCGCGUUCCAGUCGAAGAAAGGUCUAAGAAAAAAUUUAUCUUCGAUGACUGCGCCAGUAGUAAAAGUAAAGAUCACCACCGGCGAUAUAAAUAAACUUAUCGUUGGGGACAUUCACUGCACGUUUUGCGAACUGUAAGCUUACCUCCAUGCGCUCCCUCUUUAUGCGAAGAUUUCUUUCCGGAUUCAAGAUCUGUCGAUUGAUCUUUCUUCCAUAUGCUAGCAAACGAUCCAAGUUUAAUUUUCCGCCACUGGUUUCCGUUGAAAGCCCCUUAAAUGCUAUUGCAGCACUCUUCGAAGUUAUCAAACCGAGAAAACAGCGAAACUGUCAGCUGGAAACAAACCUAUUCCUCGAAUCUCACAUUCAGUUGCUCAGACUCGCGUGCAGCACAAUUCUAUCGAUUGAAGCGGUUGCUGCACACAUACGGAGCCUAAUGUGGUAAGAUCGAAAGAGUUUGCCGAAACAAGAACGCAUCAAAGUGGGAGGAAACUGGAACAUUCUUGAGCAGGGUUCUUGGAAGAAAAUUAUCAUGCUGUGUGUGCUGCGUUAAGUAAAUGACGUGACAAAGCAAUUGCCUUUUGUUCUUGGUAACCGGGCCACAGGAACAUGGCGUUGUAAUGGCGGACGAAAAUUAAUGGUUUUUGAGCGCCAAAAAAUACCACUUUCCUUAAUCGUAUGAAGCUAUAAUUUGCACACCAUGUACUUCAAGUACUAAACUGCUAAUCUAGCGAAAAAAAAUGGUAGUCAAAGAUUUGAUCGUUGUAGCACUUUAAUUAGUUGUUAUUGUUAGGAGGGAACUAAAUGAAAUCUCACAGAAACUUGAAUCGAAGAAAUUAAUAUAUCAUUUUCCAGAACAAUGUAUUUUUGAUAUCUAAAAUUUGUACAAUGUAUUUAAUAUCUUAUUUAUUAC